AUGCAUCUACGUCCCGAUCAUGCAGUCCGAGACCUCCCAACCCUCCAUGCCUUCAUCAAGCAACACCCACUAGGCGUCCUCACCACUUCCCUCCCUUCGGAGAAUCACCCGACCCUGCAAUGCAGCCACAUCCCCUGGGUGUUGGACAACGAAACAACCCUUGACCCUGAGUUAGUGACGGAAGCAAAACUAGCCGAUGAAAACACCCCCGCACCACUACAUCCCUCUAUGGGAGUACUCCGCGGUCACAUCGCGCGCCAAAACCCGCAAAGCAAAGCAAUGGUAGAAUCUGCCCCGGAGUAUGGUACCAAAACAAUCAGUAUCCCGGGCGCAUUUCCUAUAACAAGUUCUGCAGAGGAACCAACGAUAUCCACAGGCCAUACACUACAUGGUGAGGUCUUAAUUGUCUUCACCAGUCCAGUAGAUCACUACAUCACCCCGAACUUCUACACAGAGUCCAAACCAGCCACGGGAAGGGUCGCUCCGACGUGGAAUUACGCCGCAGUGCAGGUCUACGGUCGGGCGACUAUCUACCACAACGUGAAUGAUAAGGAAACGGAGCUGUUUCUACGACGACAGCUGGGUGAUUUAGCUCGACUUGGAGAGGAAGGGGUAAUGGGUUUCCAAGAUGGAUCCGGGUUGGGUUCGGGAUCUGAUCUCAAACAUGGGGGAGGUGGAAGUGGAAGCGGAAGCGGAUGUGGAACUGGGGAUGGGGAUCCACCCCGAAAUCAGAACCAGAGCUCAGACCUGGAGCUGAAUCAGGGGGUGAAGACGGCGGUAACCGGAGCUAGCGGGCAUGGUGACGGCACGGCAUUGCCGACGCCUUGGAAAAUUGCCGAUGCGCCAUUGGAGUACAUUGCUGCGCUUUUGAAGAAUAUUGUCGGGAUGAGGAUUGAAAUCACGCGGAUUGAGGGCCGGUUUAAGGUUAGUCAGGAACGGCCGGUGAAUGAUCGUGGUGGCGUUGUUGAGGGGCUGGACAGGAUGGGUGGGAGGGCGAGGGAUAUGGCGGAAUUUGUGAGGAGAGGGAAGGUUUUGCCCGGUCAAUGA